AUGUAUUGGUUAAAACCUGAACCUGUAUAUCUGCUUGACCACAACAUCUCUCUCUCUCUCUCUCUCUCUCUCUCUCUCUCUCUCUCUAACCCUCGAUAUAUCCGAGCCGGUGCCAAGCGUGUCCAAAGUGCCGCCAUUGUGGCUGCAAUAGCUACCCUUGUGGUGGUCACUGGAAUCCUUGUCCUGCUUAUCUACAAAAAGCGAAAGAGCUUAAAAGAAGUGGUCAUCAUCAAGACAAUGGCUGCCAAAAAUAAUACUUACAAGUCUAACGUCACCGGAUGUAAAAUGGAUUACACUCCUGAAGCCCCGGUUGUAACUGAUGAGUGGGAACUGGAUCCCGACAAGCUCAAGUUUAGCACCCCGCUCGGACAAGGUGCAUUCGGAAAAGUGGUCACCGGAUAUUACGACCAAAGAAAAGUGGCCAUCAAAGUCGUUAAAGACAGUGCUCCAUUGUCGUACAAGGAGGAUCUGCUCGCAGAAUUGAAUCUUAUGAAACGAAUAGGUUGUCAUCCAAAUAUUGUUUCCAUGGUCGGCGCCUGUACUCAAAGGGAGCCAAUCGCAUUGGUCAUGGAAUAUGUGCCGUAUGGAAACUUAAACAAUUUUCUCAGAAAAUGUCGGAUGGAAGGUGAAGUACGAGCUAAGAAUGGCGUCUCGGAGAUCAACUACUCGAUUAUGGACAAAAAUGGACAGAUCGAGAACGGAAUUAUUACCGCCAUUGAUAUAUUGUCAUUCGCCCGUCAAGUCUCGAUGGCCAUGGAAUACAUGGCCGAAAACAAAUACGUCCAUCGAGAUCUUGCCGCCCGGAAUGUUUUACUUGACUGCGGAAAAGUGGUCAAAGUUUGUGACUUCGGCCUCUCCCGAGAUAUAUAUAAGGACAACCAAUACCAAAAACUGACCAACGGGAAACUGCCCAUUAAAUGGAUGGCUAUUGAAUCUCUAAGAGAUCGGUUAUUUACAACGCACAGCGAUGUGUGGUCAUUUGGUAUCCUACUCUGGGAAAUUGUCACUAUGGGGGCUUCUCCUUAUCCAUCAAUAGCCUUGGCAGAUCUUUAUCAUGUACUUUGUAGCGGCUAUCGUAUGGAGAAAACAAGCAAUUGUUCAAACGAACUGUAUCAAAUAAUGUUACUCUGUUGGGCGGAAGAGCCGAAAAUGCGACCGUCGUUCACUCAACUUCGUCACAUGCUAGAGGAGCUGUUAUCCCGCGAUCGGAACUAUCUAGACCUUGAUAAUAUCAACGUGCCUUUGGUCAACUCAGAGAACAGCAGUCCGCCACAAUCCUUCGAUUCAUUCGCCGAUUUUGCGCCACCACUGCCCAAACAUCGACUGACUGAGAUGACUGCCGAAGCAUCGUCGGAGGAAGUAUCAACAGAAUGCCUAAUUCGGCAGGCGUAG